UGCACGAUAUAAAUCGCUGUAUUGCGCCUUUGAGCUCAGAUCAGACAUUGGAAGUCGGGUUGUCAGCCACAGACGAGGUAAGGCGUCGUCCUUUACGUUGAUUCCUGUAUUUCCAACUUGCCAGUUUUGGUCGAAAUUGAUAGUUUCCGUCCGUUAUCCCGGUUCCUUUGUUUUAAUUCGGGAUGAGUAACUAUCGUGGAAGGGGUAGGCGUGGAAGAGGUGGCAUUGGAGGAAACUGGCGCGGCGACCAACGAAGAGGACCAGGCCCUGUGCCAGCAAAGUGGUUCGACUACAAGAAACUGGGCGAAAGGAUGGAGGGAUCCCAAUUUAUCAUUUUCAAAACUCCCCUUAAGGAUGACAUCAACCGAGAAAAUAAUGUGCCAGAAGACCAAAGAUUCACCCCAUCUGACCUGCUGAGGAUGGCCGCUGAUAAAGGGUAUGAUUUAGGUCUCGUCAUAGACAUGACCAAUACCAAAAGGUAUUAUCAGCCCACGGAAUUCACAAGCAAGGGAGUAGAAUAUGAGAAGAUGAAACUGGAGGGCCACGGAGUCGUUCCAUCAGAGGAGGAAGUACAGAGCUUUCGAAUGACAGUGGAUCGAUUCCUCUGCAGGAAAUACAAUAAGUUGAUAGGCGUCCAUGGCACAACCAGCACCAACCGCCCCGGCUAUCUCAUAUGUAGAUAUCUUAUGGAAAAACAGAAUGUGGAACCAUCAAAGGCAAUUGAAGACUUCAAAACGGCGAGAGGGCAUCCCAUUGAUGAGCAGUCUUACAUUGAUGCGCUGAUGUCCUUUGAACCUGUCGGCAGAAAAUCAAAAAGCAAUGGCGAUGAAGACGAAAAUGUCCUUCACGGAAUGGCAAGUGCAUCCCUAAACAAACAAGAUUGUGACGAGAGGAGACGAGACGGAUUUACUGAGGAUGAUUACCGCUAUUAGUACAGUAGACAAGUCAGAACUGUAUGUGUUAGUCCACUGUGCAGACGGGGGUGCGUCUGAUAUUUUCUGCUAGGGCAUUGAGGUUUGGUGACGUAUGUGUUAAGAGAUCAGGGGCCAACUUGCCUUCACCCGCAUUGGACAAAUUCCUUUCGGUUGACGAUUGGUGACGACGACAUACAAGAAGAUAUAAUAUACAUGUACGAUACCUCGCAUAAUGUCGGGGGCCAGUUCUCCGUGUUCUCCUGUUGAAAAGUCGUAUUUCUAGCUCCAGUUAUCUAUUUCAUUUAGACCAUAGUGAUGCAAAUCGAACUUGCCUGGAAAUUGCACGAACAUUUUUCCACGUUUUCUUAAAUCAUACUUUUCCAUGUUUUUUAAUCAUAUCAAAAUUUUAUUUUAAAGAAAGUGUACACUCGGCGGUGUGCCGAAUUUCAUAUAUGUCGUUUGUUUCAAACUUUUAUAUGAGAUUCCAUGUAUGGUCUUGCUCAUAAGCUGAUGCAUAGUUUGCUAUUGUUUCUCGAAUGUACAAUACAACAAUUACAAUGUGUCAUUUUGAAUACAAACUAAAGCUUU